AUGGCUGAGCCACAGGGCCAGGAACUCACAGCUGAGUGUCCCGUCUGCUGGAACCCCUUCAACAACACAUUCCACACCCCCAAAGUGCUAGACUGCUGUCACUCCUUCUGUGUGGAAUGCCUGGCCCACCUCAGCCUGGUGGCCCCAGCCAGGCGCCGCUUGCUCUGUCCACUCUGCCGUCAGCCCACCGUACUGGCUUCAGGGCAACCGGUCACUGACUUACCUACAGAUACUGCCAUGUUGACCCUGCUCCGCCUAGAACCCCACCACGUCAUCCUCGAGGGUCACCAGCUCUGUCUCAAGGACCAACCCAAGAGCCGUUACUUACUGCGUCAGCCACGGGUCUAUACCCUGGACCUUGGCCCGGAGCCUGGGAGCCAGACCGGACCCCCUCGGAACACAGUCCCUGACACCAGGCCUGUGCCCAUCCCCAGCCACUACUCUCUCAGAGAGUGCAUCCGCAACCCUCACUUCCGGAUCUUUGCCUACCUGAUGGCUAUCAUCCUCAGUGUUACCCUACUGCUCAUCUUCUCCAUCUUUUGGACUAAGCAGUUCUUCGGGGGCAUGGGGUGA